AGGUUUCAUUUUCCCUCAGUUUGGUUUGGCCCAAACAUAAAUAAACUUACACACAACCUUCUCACAAGCAGCAAAGCAGAAGAGAAAACCACCUAAACCCCUCCGCCUUCCUUCCGUUCACUUCACCUUCAUUUCCAAUUCGCUAGGGUUUAAGCAUUUCCCACCACUCUCUCACUGUCUCACAGCCAUGACACUCUACCGCCUCCUCCUCCGCUCUCUCCGCCGCCCCUCCACCCCUCCCUCCCUAACCCAAUCCCUCACCUCCCUCGCCCUCCAAAACCCUAACCCUAGCAUUCCUUUCCAUCUUACCACCACCGCCACGCGCACCUUCGCCUUCUCCUCCGCCGAAGAAGCCGCCGCUGAGCGCCGACGCCGCAAGCGCCGCCUCCGUAUCGAGCCCCCGAUCAACGCCCUCCGGCGCGACUCGCACCCUCCUCCCCCACGCGACCCCAACGCGCCCCGCCUCCCCGACACCACCUCAGCCCUUGUGGGCCACCGCCUCAACCUCCACAACCGCGUCCAGUCGCUCAUACGCGCCGGUGACCUCGACGCCGCCUCCGCCGUUGCACGCCACUCCGUCUUCUCCAAUACGCGCCCCACCGUCUUCACCUGCAACGCCAUCGUUGCUGCCAUGUACCGUGCCAAGAGGUACAAUGACGCUGUUGCCCUCUUCCAGUUCUUCUACAACCAAUCGAACAUUGUUCCAAAUGUUGUAUCUUAUAAUAUUUUGAUUAAUGCUCACUGCGAUGAUGGCCGGGUUGAUGUGGGCCUCGAGGUUUAUCGGCAUAUACUUGCAAACGCCCCCUUUAGUCCCUCACAGGUGACAUACCGGCAUUUGACUAAAGGAUUGGUCGAUGCCGGUAGGAUAGGUGAGGCUGUGGACUUGUUGAGAGAGAUGUUGAAUAAGAACCUCGGCGCUGAUUCUGGUGUGUAUAAUAAUUUGAUUAAUGGAUUCUUGCAUUUGGAGAAUUUUGACAAGGCUGUUGAGCUUUUUGAUGAGCUUAAAGAUAGGUGUUUGGCGUACGAUGGGGUUGUGAAUGCGACAUUUAUGGAUUGGUUUUUCAAUAAGGGGAAAGAGAAGGAAGCAAUGGAGUCAUACAAGUCCGAGCUAGAUAGGCAGUUUAGGAUGACCACGGCAACUGGUAAUGUUCUUUUGGAGGUGUUGCUUAAGCAUGGGAAGAAGAAGGAGGCCUGGGCUUUGUUCGAUCAGAUGUUGGAUAAUCACACCCCGCCAACUAUCCAGGCUGUGAAUUCGGAAACAUUUAACAUAAUGGUUAAUGAGUGUUUUGGGCUUGGAAAGUUUGAUGAGGCGCUUGCCACCUUUAAGAAGGUGGGGACAAAGGUGAAUUCGAGACCUUUUUCUAUGGAUGUUGCAGGGUAUAAUAAUAUCAUUGCUAGGUAUUGUGAGAAUGGGAUGUUAUCGGAGGCUGAGACACUGUUUGCAGAAUUAUCCUCAAAGGCGUUGACCCCGGAUGUCACUACUCAUAGGACUCUGAUUGAUGCAUAUUUGAAAGUAGAGAGGAUAGAUGAUGCUCUUAAGAUAUUUAGAAGAAUGGCGGAGGUUGGUUUGCGAGUGGUUGCUAGUCUUGGUAACAGGGUGUUUGAUGAAUUGAUUAAGAACGGGAAGGCAAUGGACUGUGCACAGAUUUUGAAGAAAAUGGGAGAAAAAGAUCCUAAACCAGAUGCCAGUUUCUAUGAUGUUGUGAUUAGGGGGCUCUGCAAUGAAGUUGCAUUUGACCCAAGCCGUGAUUUACUGGAAGAAAUGGUGAGGUAUGGCAUUGGUGUUCCUCCAGCAUUGCAGCAAUUUGUAAAUGAGGUUUUUGGAAAAGCUGGGCGUGGCGAGGAGAUUCAGAGAGUAUUAAAUAUGAGUAAGUGGGGAAACACACCAGCACAGGCAAGACCUCGGCAAUUCCAGCCAAUGAGGUCGCCUCAAAUGGCAGGACAACAGGAGCCUCCAUCAGGACCCUCUCAAAUGGCAGGACAACAUCACUCAUCGUCAGCACCCCCUCAAAUGGCUGGACCAUAUCAGCCCUCAUCUGGACCGUAUCAAAUGGCAGGACAACAUCACCCAUCUUCAGCACCCUCUCAAAUGGCUGGACCGUAUCAGCCAUCAUCUGGACCUUAUCAAAUGGCAGGACAACAUCACCCAUCGUCAGCGCCCCGUCAAAUGGCUGGACCGUAUCAGCCACCAUCUGGACCUUAUCAAAUGGCAGGAACUUACCAAACAUCAACAGGUUCUCCACAGAUAGCAGCAAGCCAGCACCAUCCGGCUCAACCCCCUCAAAUGGCAGGACAAUAUUACCCCCCAUCAGGAGGCCCCCAUGUGACAGCUUCAUACCCACCAUCUGAAGCUUCUCAGACCCUAGGACCACAGCACCCUCUGUCAGGAUCUGCUCAAGGGAUAGAAUCACAACAAUCACCAUCAGAAGCCCCUCAGAUGACACAACAGGAAAAUGUUUCUUCCUAAAUCUGGCUUCAUGAAUCACAGCAUUAGUAUUGAGAUUCACAGCCUAAAGAUGAAUGGUAGGUGAUCACAUCCAGGUGACUGGUGUUCAGUUUUGUAGUUUGAAUGUUUUUCUUGAAACUGGUUCUUCGUGGUGACUUGCAUUUUUGCACAAUUUGCGCUGUCCCUCUGUAGCAUCCCUUUGCAUUACUUGUUCAAGGGACCACGGAUUCAUUGUAAUGGUACAAGAAGUAAAACGCAUUUUGGGUCAAUUCAGUAGAUGGUGCUUUGCUACUGCAUAUGCACUCAACUGCUAAUAUAUUUA